AUGUCAAAUGUGGACACAUCAAUCGGCACGCGUACCACGGGUGCCGCAGCCGACUUCGCAGCAAAGCACUCGGAAGAGCACCCAUUGAAGCUCUACGGCGGCUGGUUCUGCCCCUUUGUCCAGCGAUCAUGGAUCGUCCUCCACGAAAAACAGAUUCCCCACCAGUACAUCGAGAUUAACCCGUACAAGAAGGAUCCCGAGUUCCUAAAGAUGAACCCUCGGGGGCUGGUCCCGACCUUGGCCGUUCCCGUGGAUGUGAAGGGCAACGAGCAACGACCGCUCUACGACAGCACUGUGGUUUCCGAGUACCUUGAGGAAGCAUAUGCCGGGAACAACUAUGGGCCGCACCUUCUCCCGGAGGCGGCGUAUGAUCGUGCGAGGUGCCGGUUGUGGAUCGAUCACAUCAACUCUCGCGUCGUGCCGGCAUUUUACAAAUUUAUUCAGCACACUCCAGAGAAGGAGUACAGCAUCGAAAAAGCACGUGAUGAGUUCUUGGGUCACAUCAAAACUUUGACUGCACAGAUGGAUUCCGAAGGUCCCUGGUUCUUGGGAAAGACAUUCAGUCUCGUGGACGUGAUGAUAGCCCCUUGGGCCAUGCGUCUGUUCCUAUUCGAUCAUUACAAGCCAGGAGGACUUGGGAUCCCCUCUGAAGGGGAAGGCGGCGAUGAUGAAGCGGUAUGGAAGAGGUGGAGGCAAUGGUACGAUGCUAUCAAAGAGAGGCAAAGCGUAAAGGAUACGCUAAGUGACGGUGAUGCCUAUAUUGAGGUGUACAAACGGUACGCUGAGGACAAGACCAACUCGGGGGUGGGACAGGCAACAAGAGGUGGAGGAAAGUUGCCUUGA